UUUUGUUAAACGAAACCUGUCGCGAAAUUCAGAAUCUCCAUAUUUGUUCAUUUGGUCCUCUCGUUCAGGAUACCGUCUUGGCCGUUCAAUAUAACUUAGAAGUUCAAUAAUUUCAUCAUCAGAAGAUGAACUCAAAUUAUCCAUUUUAAAUAAUUAUAGUAAAUUUUUAUACGUUAAACAAAACAAAACUGUUAUGCAAUGCUGUUAUAUAAUAAGAAUAGGUUAUGUUAGGUUAGAAUCGCUCUGUUGUAAAAAUCAAAACAAACCCUACACGCUUGCGUCAGACGUUAUGAAGCCGAUAACCAUCCAUCUUUGAGUAGAUAUCUAUUCGAUAACUUAUGGAACCAAUAAGCUUUAAACAGACGUUGAGAAACCCAGCAGACGUGAUUUUGGUAGUUUAUGAGACUCACAAGCUUAUGUAACCGAUAUGUUGGAGUUCGGAAAGCGGGCAUAAGACGUGACCCUCUGUUUAGGUAAUGAGGAUGACGCUGUCGUCGCUCAAUUGGAGACGGAGAGAGAUGGUUCGGUGGCUCGUGACCUGCGCCGUUGAGCUGGGCCUGGAGGCGCUGACGUCUCUGAUGCAAAACUGGUUUCAGUUUUUCACGGCCACUGAGGCUGCCGGCCCCGUCGCCACCACCAUCAUGUCCAGGGGCACCAUGGUUCGGUUGCAGCUCGGGUUCCAGCAGCAAGAUGAGCUGAGUUCGUGUGCUCGCACUUUGGCCCUGCAAUGCGCCACUAAGGACCCGCCCAAUUGUGCCUUAAACGCGCUGACUCUGUGCGAGAACGAGGCGCUGGCCUUCGAGACGGCGUACCAGAUCGUGGUGGAGGCCGCUUCGCAUAUAAUGACGUCGUCGCAACUCUUUACAAUCGCUCGCUACAUGGAGCAUCGCGGCUAUCCAGCCCGCGCCUAUAAACUGGCCAUGCUUGCCAUGAAGAACGUCCAUCUGGCCUACAACCAGGAUACACAUCCAGCAAUCAACGACAUUCACUGGGCGAUGGCGCUGGCCCAUUCCUUGGGAAAGACGGAAUUGGGGCACAUGGUGCCCCUGCUGGUCAAGAACGUGCAGUGCGCCACUGUUUUAAGCGAUGUGUUGCGACGAUGCGGAGCGUCCGCCCCUGGAGGACCCACCGGGCCGCCCAUCCAACCAGAUGCUAAACAUGCCUCAGCCCGGACUAGAUGCAUUCCAGGGCCGAAGCCGCUGUCCUUCGACCGACCGCCACUGCGUCCUUUACUGGAGGCGGCAGUCAACGCCUACAUCAACACAACUCAUUCCCGGUUGGCGCACAUUUCGCCCAGACACUAUGCUGAUUUUAUCGAGUUUUUGGGACGGGCCAGGGACACUUUUGCCCUCGCCCACGACGGUCAUGCCCAAUUUGCGCAUCUCAUCGAAAACAUGAAGGUGAGGCUUUAGUGGCGUAGGUUCGCACACAUUUACGGGC